GGUCUCUUAACAGGCAGAACCAGAUUCCCCAACUAUAAAGUAACCAAUUUGCUGUUGUACUGUAGUACAGCAUAACCCGUCAAGACUCUCAUGAUCAAUAGCUUUCAAAGAUGCACUUUUCAAGUGAUUAUUAAAGUCUAGGAGGAUUAAGCAAGCAGAAACUGUUUUAAUGGAUCUCACACUCCAGCUUUAUUGUUUACCCGUAGAAGGAUAUUGCAAAUUAUCUUAAAGUACCAGAUUCUAAAGGAGAACAAGAAGCUUAAAAAAAGGUGUACACCAUUGUCUGAAUUAAUAAGAGAUCUGCAGUAAAUUCUGCAGAAGAUGAAAGAUCGUCUUCAGGAGCUUAAACUGAGAGCAAAGGAGCUACAACUACUCGAAGAAAAUAGCCGUGUUCCUGGUGUUGUGGUGGAAGAACAAGGAGAAUUUGAACAAACAGCUGUCAUUUUUGAAAAGGAGCCUGUAACAGAUAGAUACCUGGUUGAAAUCCAGCGACUUCACAAUGAUAUUAACCACUUGGCUACAAAUGUUCAGAAGUUUAGCCAACAGCAAAAAAGUCUGAUAGCUUCCAUGAGAAGAUUCAGCAUGCUUAAAAAAGAGUGCAGUGCCACAAGAGAGAUAAAAAUUCAAGCAGAGCACAUUAAUAAGUGCCUUGAUGACUUGUUCAAAACAACAAAAAAGGCAGAAAAACAGCAUGGAUCAUCAUCUGCUAUUGGAAGAGUUCUUAGCUCUCAGCGAGCAGUUCUAUUCCACCGUUUCCAAAAUAUCAUGCUUCUGUACAACAAUGCUAUAACAGCUAAGCAAGAAAAAUGUAAAGGCUUUAUUAUGCGCCAGCUUGAAGUCGCUGGAAGAGAAGUGUCAGAGGAAGAACUGAAUGAUAUGGUUCAAGAAGGGAAAUGGGAAAUCUUCAAUGAAAAUUUACUUACUGAGGUCAAGAUUACCAAAGCUCAGUUAUCUGAGAUUGAGCAAAGACACAGAGAAUUGGUUAAUUUGGAAAAUCAGGUGAAAGAGUUAAAGGGCCUUUUUGGCCAAAUCUCACUUCUAGUAGAAGAGCAAGGAGAAAUGAUCAACAGCAUUGAAAUGGAAGUGACUAAUACACAGGACUAUGUUCAGAUGUCAGGAGAAAAGUUUGGGUUGGCAGCCAAGUAUCGAAAGAAACAUCCUUGCAGAGUAUUAUGCUGUUGCUGCUGUCCCUGUUGCAAAUAACAAGGCUUCUGGCCAACUCAGUCUUCCCUGUAUUCACCCGGAACUAGCAUGUACCGACCAAAGGCAGCCUCGUUACAAGGACAAUAGCUGCGCUGUCAGGCAUGGAUGACAUUAUGUCACAGCUAUUAUUUUAUUCUUUUCAAGUGACAUGUCCAAAGUUGAAGUACCAUGUGAAGUACACAAAACAAAAGCUAAGAAGCAGAAGAAAGAAUAGGAAAGGAAUGGGAAGCCUUGUCAACUUCCACAUGACACAAUUUUAACACCUACCUGACGGCUCUUUUGUUCUAAGACUGAAAAGGUAUAAUAUCUUUUUUAAGGUAUUAUUUUUUCUAAAAGAGGGUAAUAUUGGGCUAGGUGUAAAAGGAGGCAUGGUACGUAUCAGUUUACUAAUGACCAAAGCUCCCACUAAGGUGCGGGCCUGUAAUUCUUCCCCUCUCCGCACACCCACAGUGAUAGUUUCCAGUCUCCCAUUUAGGAGGAGAGUCACACACAUGAUGGGGUGAAGUUGUAUGUGAGACGGGCAGAGCCCCACCCAUUAAGGCUGAAAAUUAGAGGGAACAUUGCUAAUGACACUAUGAGGAACACAUAUGUCAAACAGGUGCAUGAGGAAACAGGCACAACAGAAUACAAAUUCAAUUUACUUCCUUGAGAAAUCUCUGAAUGCUUCUAGCAAUUUUGUACAGCUUUUCAAAUGAAGGAAAACUGCAAACCUAUAGUAACUGAAAUUAAGUCAACAUUAUCUGAAAGGUGCUCAGUGAGUUAUGAAAAAUACAUGGAAAACUGGUGACCUGUUCUAAGAGAAGAAUGUUUCAAACUAUUUGUGACGGUGGUAUUUUUGUUGAAAGACCGCUGAAGGUUGUUCAGUCAUGACAGCUAAACUGAUAUAGGUUAAAAGGCUGAAGAAACAGUGAGAUACACUAUGCAUAAAAUGAAGGCUAGAACUAUUUAAAUAUUGUACAUUCUCUUCUAUGUCAUUUGUGGAGUCCUCUGCAUGUCAGAAGUGGCAGCUCUCAGGAUAUUUUGAGUCUUGUUCAUGUGUAACUAAAGUUUUUAUUUAAAACUUUAAUGCAUAAUGUAUAUAAUGCUUUAAAAAGUAACUGUUAUAAAUGUUUCAUGUGGUUCACCCGUAUUUGCAUAUUCCCUGGUGCAAAAUACAAAUUAUCCCAGCAGUGGAGGUUCUCUGUGCUUCUUAAACAUUUGUUAGUUGUGGUAGUAUAUUUUAUUUUUGAGGACUAAUAAGCAAGAUAUAUGUAAGAUAAUUAGCAAGUACAUAAAUAUUUGCUUCAUACAAUGGCAAAUGUGCGUACACAUGGGGAAGACUUGUAGCUGUUCACAGGGUUCUGAUACAAGCACCUGUGAAAGCCAACAACAGCACAAACACUGUGUAUGAAGGCCAAGAGUAAAAAAUCUAGUUUUGAAAAAGGCUGACACAACAUCAGGAAGGUGUUUUGUUCUCUUUUGACUUUGCUUUCUUUUAAACAUGCCACCACCAUACUGCUUGGGAAAGUCCUUUUGAAACUUUCAGAUUUAAAAAUGCUAUGUACAGAAAGAAGGGCUAUUGUUUCACAAACGUGAGAUUAAAGCUAUCAUUGCCUCAGGACAGAUGUGGUGUUCUUUCUGUCCUAGUCAUAAUGUUUUAUUUAUAAGUAUUGAAACAGGCAGGAAGCAGGCAACAGAGCAGAGGUGUAACUAAACAAUUAUUAGGCUUUGGGUAUAUUAACAAGAGAUUUUCCCAGUUAGCUUAUACCACAAAUACACUCUUCCCCAGUUCUAAGUACACAAAAAUUCAGUAAGACAAAUAGCACAAGCCCAACUUAAAAUCAAAGAUCCCUGUAACUUUGUUAAGAGCCUUGCACUGCAGUGGUCUUAAUUUGCAACUGAAAAGGUCAAGAUAUAGCCAAUAAUUAUGCAUAAAUUAGCAGCUUUUCCCUGUAAGACCACUUUUAAGUAGCACUUCCAUGUCAAAUUACCCCACUGCACAAAUGCAAAUUUAAUUUAUUUAAAACGCAAAUCCAUCUUCAUCCUGUAGGCAAGACAGAGAAUACUAUAUACUAUAUAAAGUGCAAAUCUAUCACUAGUGUGAGACAACCAUGAUUAUAUGUGUGGGAAAGAUUAAAUUAAACAAUGUUGCCAAUUUACAUAUUAGAGUAAUAGAAAGAAAUCAUGUUUUGUCAUAAUUGCUGGGAAAGACAGUAACAGAUUUGAAAUGUAUAGCUAAAACAUUAAGCACAGGGUAGGUUUGAAUAACAAGGAGCAAUUUUCACCCAAUUAAACAAAAAUCUUAGACAUUUUAAGGACAGGAAGAAUUUUGGGUUCUUCCAUUUUGCUGUAGGCUGAUUUAAUGAAGCUUUUGAUAUAUGCAGUAUAGCUGACAAAAUAUAAUGAUUUCAUACAGUAAUAAAAGUGCUUUAAAAUUACUUAAGUAUAUAGGAUAAAUAGAGAGCAGUUUCACAUUUUACUGUUGAACACAGGCACAAAAUUGUGACUGUCCCUGUGUAGUAUAUAAGUGAACUCUUGGCCUUGAUUAUCCCCUUCUAGUUUUUAUGCCAAGAAAUCUAAUCAUUUAAAAAUACUCAUAAUUAACUGUACUAUAUGUCUAUUUUGCCUUUUAAGACCUGAGGAGUUUUUGUACCAGAGACUGAAAAGCAAAGCAUGAACUGAGUGGCUGUAGUGGCUGCUAUUAUUCAGCUCUAAUAGUUCUUGUUAUUUUCCCACACAAGUUGGUUUUUUCAGAGCAAACAUGUCCACGUAAAAUAAAACAUUAGCUUUUAUAGAGAACAACAAAUUCACACUCUUGUAAUAUGAAGUUCUUUGAAUGAAUAGCUAUGGUAAAAAUACAAUGUACAGCAAGAGAUUCUACACUUGUGAAU